AUGAUAAAAAUUUCCAAUCCAAUCUGGCCAACAUGGACUGCAAUGCAAUUGAAAAUGAGAUUCAUUAGAAACAAAACGGUAUCCAACAUUAGAUUAUUGACAAAGACAGUAAAUGAUAAUAACAAUGAAAUCAAGUUGAAGGUGGAUCAUAUUAAUGAUGCGAAUAUUUCGUUAAAACAUGAACUGGACAUGAUCAAAAAUAUGAUUAAAGAUAAUGAUUCAAAAUUAGAAAAGCUUUAUGAACCAGGUUCCAAGUUAAGUGUUGAAAUUGAUCAUUUUAAAAGUGAAUUGCAAAAAACAUGGGCAAGUGUUGUUGGCCAGGAGGUUAAAAAAGGUAUGCAAAGCAUUAAUGUUGAAGUAAAAACAGUACAAAAAACAUUAGAGGAAGCACAGGAAAUAAAAGAGAGAGAAAAAAACAUGGUGUUUAAUGUAACUGAAGGAGAUAAUGACAGAGAUCGAGUCAAGGAAAUAAUCAAGAAACUGUCGAGUGAUUCUGAUAUGAAAAGAAUAAUAAGACUGGGUAAAAGGGUUGAAUCAACAAAUAGGCCAAUUUUGAUAGUGAUGGAUAACAUUUCAGCUAAAGAGUUGGUGAUAAAGAGUUCAUACAAACUUAAGCAAAUGUCUGAAGAACUUAGUAAGGUAUGGAUUGCCAAUGAUCUGACUGCUGAACAGAGGAGUGGAUUGAAAAGUUUGAUUGCUAAUGCAAAGUCAAGAGAAGCUGCAUGUACGGGAGGUUUUUUAUACAGGGAACUUGUUGCUGUUUUAGAGAUAAUAUCCUUGCUUAGUAACAAUGUUGUCUUAGCUGGUGAUUUUAGUGUGCAUGUAGAGAAACACAUGGAUCCUCACAGUGUGUCAUUAUGUGAGAUUUUUGGUAAUUUUAAUCUUGUUAAUAGAAUAAAUGAACCAACGCAUGAAUUAGGAGGUGUGUUAGACCUGAUUAUCACUUCUAUGUCUUUUCCAGUUUUCGAUAUUAGAGUUCUGCCUCCGGGAGUUUUCUCUGAUCAUGGUUUGGUUCAGGCAUGUUUAUCAAUUGAUCAAGUUAUAAGAAUGAAAAAAAAGGAUGGUUCGAUCUUGGAAAAACAUGAAUCAUGA